UUGACGGUUUUGUUGGAUUAUAUCGACAACACAGAGUAGGAGAGGUUUCUGGCUUGCCUCUACCACGGUGUUGUCUGUCCUAUUCGGGAGACAGUAGAUUCAGGCAACCAAGAGAUCGUCGCUCAAUCGCAAAAUAUUGAACGUUGAACUACACGUCGUGGCCGGAUAGGUUAUGCUCCCAUGUCAGCCACAGCGACUUUAACGGCGACCAUGGCAGACCUGAAGGAGCCGGGUCAUGGGAGUCUCUGGUCGAGUUAUGCCGGGUCAACUGUACCACUGUCGACUCGCUUUAACCCCGUGGAGUCAACCCUCUCACACUCCUCUUCGCAACACCAUCCAGGGCGGACGAGGACCAGCGUUGAUCAUCCAUUCCCAUACCCAAGAUACUCCCAAGGAGAAACAGAGGCCUUCCACAGACAACAGCAACAGCAACAGCCUCACCAUUCAUUGGCACAACAUCACAGCUACCAAAGCCUGAAGCGGUCAUACGACGAGAGCGAACACCCGCCAUACCAAGAGAUCGUCCAGGACCUUCGGGAUGAUGGAUCCAAACUGACGGUAAACCAUGACCAUAAGUUGCUUUCGUUUCGGAGAGUACAGGACAAGCACACUAUCGUCGAUCAGCAUGGCCGUAUGCAACAACUAGAAUUAUCAGCACAGCUACACGGAAUGUUCUUUCUUUCGGAAAUGCCUGCGAAUUCAAAUGAGGGAGCAAUUAUGCAGCCGGAGCUAACCUGCUACCGCCGGAACCUCUUCCAGAUCAGUGGGUCUUUGAUCACUCCGCGCGGACAGCUGUCCAUACUGCGAGCAGAAACCGGAGAGCAAGUUCCGGUGAGCAACACCGAAGUGACAGUCUCGGCGAUUGAAUCCGUUGACGGGCAUCCCGUUCGACUGAUCGUUAUUCCAUGGAAGACGCCACCGCCAAACGCGCCAGAGCUGCCUCAGGGGCCUGAUCAGGAGCCACCCUCUUUGCCGUUAAUCCCGUUCCAGGAUGAUGGAAGUGAGACAGAUGGCGAAUACGCCGUGUACCCUAUUGGGUGGCGGCGCCUGCAGUUCAGAAUAGCGACGGCCAACAAUGGACGGCGAAAAGAACUGCAACAGCAUUUUGUGGUGCAUCUCAAAGUAAUGGGAACAUUGACAGAUGGCACCAAGGUUGUGCUCUCAGAAGCGACGACUGCACCCAUCGUGGUUAGAGGCAGGAGCCCGAGAAAUUUCCAGGCGCGGAAGGAAAUUCCACUACUAGGAUCGAGCGCUGGUUCGAGAGGACAAGCUCUUGUUGAGACAGGACUGGGUAUAGUCGCUGGGCCCUUAAAUGUGAAACCUCAAGACUCGAAGUUAAGAGGGUUAAACCUGGAGCUCCCCCGAACCGCCUUCACCUUCAAUGCGACGAAAUUGCCAGGUACCCCGGUGACGAUGAGGUCAAACUCUUACCCUACAUGGAAUCAUUCCGGCCAGCAUCCCGUCUCGCAGAUGCCUCAAUCUGCCACGGCAGCCUACGCACCCACAAGCCUCUCAGCCGAAUCCUACCAGAAGCUACCGAUCUCUGGGAACCAGACAUACACGACAGAACCGCAGGAUCUGCCACUCCAAGCUACAAUGCCACCGGUCCAAGUAUCCAUGGUAGCCAAUGAACAGCAACCGGCCAUCCGAACGCAAUAUGCCUAUAUCCAGAACACAACCGCACCUCCCCAACUGUCUAUACCGGCGACAGCCAUGAGCAGCGGAUCCGAUAACAGCUUGAACGUGCCUCGGUACGUUGAUAACAAUGCUCGGCCGUCCAAGAGCCCGCGACACGGCAACCACCCAUCCGUUCACAGCACUAGCUCCCUGACGAACAACGAUGGCUCUGAGUAUCGGUACGGUUCUUCUUAUGUCGGAGUAAACCACAACAAUCCUAGCGACAUGACAUCGUCGUCAUACGGUGCUGGGGACAGCGGAUCAGCAGCCGGCCACCAGCACCCGCAACCCCCAUCAAGGGAGUACUACCCUCCGGCCACGACCUGGGCAAGCGAGUCGACGCCGACAGUGCAGACGUACCACAACACCGACAGCAGGCCAUACACAUACUCAGAUCAAUACAAGACUGGCCAUGCGAUGCCACCCCUGAAGACUGAGCACGCUCAGACACAAGCAUCAUAUGGCGGUUCCUUGGGCCACUACAACUGGAGCCCAACAUGAUUGAACUUAUGUUCCGAUAUAACCCCAAGAUUUUGGGAUCUUCCAAAGUAAAAUGGCUCCAAAUAUAAUUCCUCACAGCGGAAUAAUACCAUAUCUGUAUAA